CUUUCCAUGUUCCUUCGUCUCUCUCUUGCUGGCUCUCUCGCACGUCUCAGAUCGAAACUCCACAAAUCUAGAUCCCGAUCCCAAUCUCGAUCCCUUCCGAUCUCGCAUGGCGUGCAUCAAGAGCGCCGCGCGGUCGGCGCUGAUUGCCUUCGCACCCGAUGCGCCAUUUCUCGCCGCUGGCACCAUGGCAGGUGCCGUUGAUCUCUCUUUCAGCUCCUCCUCCAACCUCGAGAUCUUCAAGCUCGACUUCCAAUCCGAUGCGCACGAACUCCCUGUCGUCGGUUCUUGUCCAAGUGCCGAGCGCUUCAAUCGCCUCUCUUGGAGCAAGGCUGAAUCUGCUUCUGAGGAGUACGCGAUGGGUCUUGUCGCCGGAGGGCUCGGGGACGGCACUGUCAACUUGUGGAACCCCGCGAAGCUCAUCAGUGGGGAUGGUGAGGAUGAAGCUUUGGUUAUGAAGCUUGAGAAGCAUACGGGGCCGGUUCGUGGCUUGGAGUUCAACCCUAAUUUCUCAAAUCUACUUGCAUCUGGUGCUGAUGAAGGGGAAGUCUGUGUAUGGGAUUUAGCUAAACCAUUAGACCCCCAAAGGCUUGCCCCACUCAAGGGUGUUGGCUCUGGUGCUCAGACAGAAAUUUCUUUUGUAUCAUGGCAUCCAAAGGUUCAAUCCGUAUUAGCAUCCACUUCUUACAACGGGAUAACAGUUGUUUGGGAUUUAAGAAGACAAGGGAAGCCGGUGACAAGUGUAUCAGAUUCAAACCGGAGGAGAUGCUCUGUGUUGCAAUGGAAUCCGGAUGCUUCUACCCAACUUAUUGUUUCAUCUGAUCACGAUCAUUCACCUUCUUUGAGAGUUUGGGAUGUGCGGAAAACAAUUUCACCUGUGAGAGAAUUUUCUGGGCAUACCAAAGGUGUCAUUGCUAUGUCAUGGUGCCCACAUGACAGUUCUUACUUGCUCACUUGUGCCAAAGAUAAUCGAACUAUAUGCUGGGAUACGAGUAGCGGUGAGAUUGUGUGUGAGCUACCAGCCAGCACCAAUUGGAAUUUUGAUGUUCACUGGUAUCCGAAAGUUCCUGGGGUCAUAUCGGCAUCUUCAUUUGAUGUAAAAAUUGGCAUCUAUAAUAUUGAGGCUUGCAGCAGAUUGCCAACUCGGGAGAGUGAGCUGGGCAGUUCAGGGCGCCUGAGAGCUCCAAAGUGGUUGAAACGUCCAGUUGGUGUGUCCUUUGGUUUUGGAGGCAAGAUCGUAUCAUUUCAGCCUCGUCCAUCAGAAUCUGAAGCUCCUUCUAGCUCUUCUGAGGUUUAUGUGCAUACAUUGGUUACUGAACUAAGUCUGGUAGACCGAUCAACUGAAUUUGAAUCUGCUAUACAAAAUGGGGAAAAGGCUUCGCUACGUGCUUUAUGUGAUAAGAAGUCUCAGGACUCUGUAUCAGAUGAUGACUCAGAAACUUGGAGAUUUUUGAAAGUUAUGUUGGAGGAAGAAGGGACAAUGAGGACAAAAAUUCUUACUCAUCUUGGUUUUACUGUACCUAAUGAUGCGAGCUAUGAUGCCUCUGAUGAUCUUGGCAAAAGAUUAUCUGCUGCACUUAGCCUUGAUGAAACAAGUAAAGGCACUGUUGCAGAAGUUGGAGAAAGCAGUGCACUUUCUGUUGACAAUGGUGAAGAGUUCUUUAACAACCUUCAACUUUCUGUUGAUCACUCCCAAGAAAAUGAUGUUCCUAAUGGCAAAGAUGUUGAUAAACAACAUGAAGAGCAUAUUGAAAGUUCUGAUAGUACUAUUGAUGAUAAUAUUCAGCGGGCUUUGAUUGUUGGAGACUACAAGGAAGCAGUUUUACAGUGCAUGUCUGCAAACAGAAUGGCUGAUGCAUUAGUUAUUGCUAACCUUGGUGGUUCAUUAUUGUGGGAAAGCACACGUGAUCAGUAUCUUAAGAAGAGUCUUUCGCCUUAUCUAAAGGUUGUUUCUGCAAUGGUCAGUAAUGAUCUCAUGGGCCUUGUCAAUACCAGACCUCUGAACUCUUGGAAAGAAACACUUGCCCUUGUUUGUACGUUUGCCCAAGAUGAAUGGGUUGUCCUUUGUGACACUCUUGGUUCAAGGUUAAUGACUGUGGGAAACACACUGGCUGCGACGCUCUGCUAUAUUUGUGCCGGAAAUAUUGACAAAACUGUAGAAAUUUGGUCUUGCAACCUUAAGUCUGAACAUGAAGGAAGGAGUUAUGUUGAUCUACUUCAGGACUUAAUGGAGAAGACAGUUAUCCUAUCUAUAGCAACUGGACAGAAGAGGCUUAGUGCGUCCUUAUCAAAGCUUGUUGAGAACUAUGUCGAAUUGCUAGCCAGUCAGGGGCUUCUUACUACAGCGAUGGAGUAUUUGAAACUAUUGGGCUCUAAUGGAACUUCAAGUGAACUCUCUAUUCUACAAGAUCGUAUAGCAUUCUCUACAGAAGAGUCAGAAGCAAAUAAAAGUUUGGCUUAUGAACAACAUGAAACUACAUACCCUGUUCAAAAUUCUCACAGUAGCUUUGUUGACAGCUCUCAGCAGUAUUAUCAGGACAAUACUCUGCUGCAACAGCAAGGGAUUUCAAGCAGCCAAUAUGGAGGUAGCUAUCAACCACCAUUUGGUUCUUAUGGAGACUAUCAACUUGGCCCUCCGAAAAAACAAUUUCAAGACUAUAUUAAUCCUGUGACCUUGCAACAUGCUCAGCCAACACAGUUGUUUGUUCCGCCACUAGCACCUCAAACUCUGCAGUCAAACUGGGCUCCACCUGUCCCUGCUCAGCCUUCAGUGAAACCAUUUGUCCCAGCAACCCCACCUACACUGAAAAAUGCAGAUCACUAUCAGCAACCUACAUUGGGUUCUCAGUUGUAUCCGGGAGCUGCUAACCACAUGUUUAGACCUGGGCCACCAGGGCUUUCUCAUGGUGUUGGUGCACUGCCAGCAGGAUCUGCUCCUGCACAGCUGUUCCCCUCUGCUGUGACACCUUCACCAGCAGCUACAGGCUUCACGCCUAUUAGUAGUCCAGGUUUUGUCCAGAGGCCAGGUGCAAGUCCUGUGCAAUCUUCAAGUCCAGCCCAGCCUGCACGACCAAUGGCAGUUGCUGCACGACCAACUUCUCCACCUACAGUGCAAACUGCUGAUACUUCCAGUGUGGCAGCGGAUCUGAAACCUGUGAUCACAACCUUGACCAAACUCUACCAUGAGACUUCAGGGGCUCUUGGAGGUGCCAAUCCAUCAAGCAAGAGGCAAAUUGAGGACAAUUCAAAGAAAAUUGGAUCUUUGUUUGCAAAACUAAAUAGUAGGGAUAUCUCUUCAAAUGCUGCUUCCAAGCUUCGUGAACUCUGUCAUGCCUUGGACUCUGGUGACUUUGAGAGUGCCUUACACACCCAGGUGCGCCUAAUAACAAGUGAUUGGGAUGAAUGCAACGUUUGGCUUACAGCAUUAAAACGAAUGAUCAUGAUCAGGAAAGGAAUGUGAUUAUGAACAACACAGAUUUAUGGAUGGGCAUUCUUUCAGAUGACACUAGUAUUUUGUUUAAUAUAUCCUUUGUUUUUCAUGGUAUAAGUUAAAGUUUCUGCUCCACUGUAUUCACAUCUCAGUGGGUGUAGAAUUUCUCAGUUUUCAUAGCGAUCGGCUUUGGAGUUCAGUGCCAGAUUUUCUUGUCUCCCCAAUUUGCAGGUUUUAGAGGUAAUGAUUAUUUUGACCUAACAUUCAAUAGAUAUGUGUUCGGCGUUCAAUGUUAAGAAGUGGUUGCUUCCAUCAAUCUAAUGCGUUUUGUAUUUUGCCUUUUAAUUGAACAUGUAACUUGUUAAGGAUUCCUUUUUGUGUUUAAGCUAAUUAUAGUUUAUGGGGGACUCAGGAAUCUAUUUCAUUAA